UGUGACUCUCUGCUGAUGGGAUGAUCUCUCUCGCCCUGGGAGUACCGCUCACCGUGGUUACUGUCAUUGGACUAUUCCUCAACGGCUACAUUCUCUUCGUCGUCAUAUUUAGCAAGGAGAUCAACACGGCCAACAACUUACUGCUGCUCCACCUAGGUUUGGUGGACUCUUUGCUCUGCUCCAUGUUCCUUGUAUUCUCUGCGCCAACGCUGCUGCGGGGAUGGACGAUGCCCUGCACGGUCCAUGGUUUUCUCUUCACGCUGCUUCAUCCUGUAGCCCUGUGGACGGUGUGCGGUCUCAAUUGUGACAGAUAUUACGCCAUCUCCGCACCACUUCACUACGGUGCCCUCGUCAGUCCGAAGAAGGUGACCAUCGGUCUUGCUGCUACAUGGGUGUUGGCUCUGCUACUCUGUAUCCCUCCUCUGUUCCGUGUGGCCCCCUACAGCUACAACACCGCCUUGGCUGUCUGCGCGCCAGACUUCACCGCGGGGGACGCCGCCUUGUGGUACUCCGCUGUCUACACCACGCUCACACUGGUGCUGCCGGCAGCUCUCAUACUAGGCUGCAACCUCAAGGUGCUGAUGAUUGCCCGUUACCACCGCCAUCGCAUUGCCAGCGCCAUAUUUGAGGUGACUCUAUCGGCCCAAGUGACCAUCACCCACCAGCGCAACCCCUUCUUCCUCCCAGGGGGGUUGACAAGCAAAUUCCGUGGCCGCAGCGCAGUCUCCACCGUGCUGCAACUGCUGGGGUCGUUCUUCGUACUCUACUUCCCCUACUACGGAGUCAUAGUUUGGGAGUCGUCUGCAAGCACCUUUCUUGCAGGAAAGGACAUCUACUACAGAUUGCAUCCUCACAUUAUUACUUUGGCUUCUACGCUGCUGACUUGCUCACCUCCUGUGAACGGCCUGUUGUAUGGGAUUAAAAGUAAAAUUUUGAGAAAGACUUUCCAGAACUACUGGAGAAAACAGAUGUCCAAAGUUGAAAUCAAUCAUGAAAUUCAAGCUAGAACACCUUCAGCAUGUGGAUCUAGAAGACCCUCACUUACACCUUUGGGGAUUCUGACUAGACCAAGUGCCACGCAUCUUCAAAGAAGACUUUCCGAAGCGUUCAUAGAUCCUAGUAGGUCGUCGCUGUCGUCUCCGAAAUCAAAGAUGACGAGAAUAUCGUCAGAGAUAUCAUGGAGACCGGUGUCAACAUCGGGGCUGGGGCUUGCAUUUGUCGGCUCUGAUGUUGAAAGUGAUAACAAUAAGAAGUCUCAGAUCCGAGCACAGCACGCGGCGAGCUUCAGCACUCUUCAAGUUCCUUCUGACGAGAGAGAGAGGCUGCGGAACGAAGACUUGAUAAAGUCGUUUAGAAUUGCAGUGGCGAGUACAAAGGAGAACGAAGAAAACAAAAGUUUGGGAGUGAUUCGUCCAGUGCUGAGAACAAGUGUUAGCAACACCAGUCUCUUUGUACAACGAGUCCUCGGUGCUGGAAAUAUUCGGUUUAACCUCGGUGAUGGCAACAGAGAUGGCAACCCGAGUGCACCACAGACAAGAAGAUCCCCUAGAAUUCUAAUCACAAGAGCAUUCUCAGAGGAAAGUGAGCCUAAAACACCAAGUUCACCGAGCACGCCGAACAGAAAGUCAGAACUGAAGAAACAUUCUAUAUCCGCAACCACUUUGAUUUGCGACAGUAAGUGGAGAAAAAGCAAAAAUAAUGUUGCAUUCCUCGACGAAAUAUGCAAUAAAGACCUUUCUUCGCCCUGUGCAAGCAGCAACUCUUCCGUGGAGGACCAGGAAGAGGAAAAACUAUUUCGACCGAACGGAAUUUUAUCUCCGGACGACGGGAACAUAAGUGACGGUGGUGACAGCAUAGUUUGGAUGAAGGAUACUACAAACGACACAUCCAGGUUGAACUGCACAACCAGCAGUGGUGACGACAGCGACAAUGCUGCCAACUAUGAUGAUAAACAUAACUACCGUGUCCUCAGGUCUUGGCCGUGUGCCAGUAACCGGAAGGUGCGCAACGUGGUAGCUUCAGGGAUCAUCUCUGACGAAGAUUCUCCUCCUCCGUCGCGAAACAGAGUUUUAAGGACGUCUUGUAGUUUUACCACAUUGCAGAACACGUCAUCCGAUGGGUCGUAGUGGUAUAAGUGGUGGUUCAAUCGUUGACUUUGGAAACUGGCAGACUUUCUUUGCAUUUUUAAAACGUGUAACUGUCUUUACGCCCAUUGUCAAACGAAUUUUAUCAUAUUUUUUUCUUGAAUGAAGGAUUAUAGAUGGAUUUAUUUAUUGACUGAAGUAGGAUACCAAAGAGUAAGAAAGAAAUUUAAAUGACAUUUUUUUCUAUAAUACGUUAGAGGCUCAAGUUGAAUAGGCCGUACACCAAUAUACUAUUUCAAUAUUUUGAAAAUAGCUGACCACAGCAUAAGAUAGCCAACUUUUUAUUUCCACAUAAAGUCUAAUGGGUCUAUUUCUGGGCCACGUUGUCAAGGCUAUAUUCGCUUAACAAUGAGCAGGUAUUUACAAUUUAUCAAAAUUUAACCUGUUUUUAGGCUAAUUGAAAUGGUUAAAGUUAUUUUUGAUUACAACUACCAAUUUUGCAGCCCAUUCGGCUGACAUUGGGCCUGAAUACAGUAACAGACAAACUUGAUGAAAGUUUGUUUUCAUUAUCCAUAGUCAAGGGUAAAAUUCAAUGUUAUGGGCUUUCGAUGUUAUCGUUGACGUUGUUGGAAAUUAUAUGGUGAUUUGUUCCUUGUUGUUUACUGAUAGAACAUUUGACAUUUAUUUUGUUGUAAUUUUAGAGUGGAUUUUAGUCAUUGUUAUUAAUAUGAUAUGUGAGUUAUAACAAAUGGUGGUGUAUCGGAGGAACUGUAAUACAUUGAUGGGGCACUUUAUAGUGAAUUGAAGUAGGCAAUUGUCAUUCAUCUUAGAUGUAAUUCAUAUAACAUUGCCGAAUUAAUGUUGUUGAAUGAGUGGUCCUGUUUGUAAUAUUUCUAUUUAUUUUUGUAAAAAAUGUAA